CGCAAUUUGAACACACCACUACACACACAUCACAACCCCAUUUUUGUAUUUGGAACACUCCUUCCCCUGUUUCCCAGAAACCCCAGUCUGAAAAACUUUGAGAUGGGGAAAAGAGGCAGUAGUAGCGGGAGCGUUCCUAUUAGGGGAUUUACGAAACUUGUUAUAGAAUCAAGGAAUAAGGGAUUAACUGUGGAGGAGAUUGUAGAUGACCUUCGUUCCAAGAACCGUGAAUGCGUUCGGUUGAGACGUCAAAUCCUCAUGAUCAAAGUCAAACAAAUCAUAAACUCCUUGAGUGAAGAAGAAGACGAUGAAAUUGAGGGUAGUAGGAAGAAACAGAGGCGAGACGAUUCUGAACAGAGGAACUCGGAUUUAUGUAUAUCAGCAUCAUCACCACAUUCUUCUGCUUCCUCACCCGGAUAUGUAUUGACAUCAGACGAUAACAUGCAGUUUGAUAUCACCAAUGAUGGCUUACGUGUUUCUUACUCUAAUAAAUCCAAGACACCAUACGCCUUUAAUUUUCCUACGGAGACAAUGAAGAUACAAGCUAUGUCUAGUGAAGACGGAAGUAAAGGUUGUGAUGUGGAGGUAAAAGGACCGACCUUUAAGGACUUGGGUGGGUUGAAAGGUGUUUUGGAUGAGCUCAUGUUUGAUGUGAAACUCCCAUUUUUGUGUCCUGACGUAACGCAAGCUAUUUGUAUGCAACCAAUUUCUGGUUUAUUGCUUUAUGGUCCAUCUGGUUGUGGCAAGUCCACACUGGCUUAUGCCAUCGCCAAUGAAACUGGUGUACCCUUUUAUAUGCGUUCUGCUUCUGAAUUGGUUUCUGGUGUUUCAGGUAUGAUCGCUUAG